GAAAACGUCUGCGGGUGGAAAACGGGUUGAGCAUAUGAAAAACGCUAAUGGUGCUCAGAAAAGAGUCCGCAAAGUCAAGAAAGAGAAGAAAAGAAAACGUCCCCGGGUAACCUUUAAUAAAACACCUGCGGGCGGCUACGAAUGCCCGGAAUGCGGGAAAGUGCUAAAAUGUCAUAAUUCACUCUAUAAUCACAAACGGAAUGUGCAUUACUUUGGAAAGAGCCAAGCGGAAUGGGAUAAAAUAUUGCUUUCUGGAGAAGUCUCGCAGAAAUUUCUGGAGGAAUCCCGCAAAUCACGCUUAACGUGCGAUGAAUGUGGCAUCGUAUGCUCCACGGAUUAUUGCCUGUAUCGGCACAAACGCUGGAAGCAUGUUGGAGAUUUUAAAGAGAAGUUUGAAAAGGACCGCGCGGAGAAGAAGAGACUGGGGAUUUACACGCACUGGCAGACGUACAAAAAGCCGCGGGAUCGCAUGGCCUUUGCGGAUUUCCCACACAAAUGCCACAUGUGUCAGUUGGGAUUUAUGCGAGAAAUUGCCCUGAAGAAGCAUAACGCAACACAACAUUCGGGAGACAGUGCGCAACAGUCGUGAUGCUUUAUUUAACAGUAUUAUUUUACGAUUUAUAAAUAAUUAUCAACUGGGCGACUUUGGCGAUUUAUUUUCUAAAUCCGAAUACUGUUUUCUCUCCGAAUUCCGAAAUCGGUUGAUAUGUUAUUUGUUCAGCUUUUUAUAAAGUGACGU